UCGUCGGCGUCAGAUCGGGGGGCCUCGAGGCUGCGGGUGGGCGCGGGGGCCCGGGGACCGUUGGGGCAGCCCGUCCUCUCCACCCCGGGUUCGGAGACCCCACAGAUCCGGCCCCCUGCCACCGCACCCCCAAACCGCGGACUUGCUAACUCGUGUCCGGAGCAGGACUUUGCACCCUUGAGGGUCACCCAGCCACCUUUGAAGCUGCUCUUUUCAACCCUGCCUUUGAGAACAUCGAUGCCCUCCUAGCCCCGCCCAGGGAUGGAGGGCUUCAUGGACUCAGGGACCCAGACGGAUGCGGUGGUGGUGCUGUCCCUGGCCCAGGCUGCCGUGCUGGGCCUGGUCUCGGAAAAUGAGCUCUUCGGAGCCACCAUCAGCGCCGAGGCCUUCUACCCGGACCUGGGCCCCGAGCUGUCCGCGGCUUCCCUGGGGGAGCCGGGCCCCCCGGCUCCCAUGUGCCAGGCUCCCCGCCCAGGGAUGGAGGGCUUCAUGGACUCAGGGACCCAGACGGAUGCGGUGGUGGUGCUGUCCCUGGCCCAGGCUGCCGUGCUGGGCCUGGUCUCGGAAAAUGAGCUCUUCGGAGCCACCAUCAGCGCCGAGGCCUUCUACCCGGACCUGGGCCCCGAGCUGUCCGCGCGGCACAAGAAGGCGCAGCUGGACCGGCUGGACAUCAACGUGCAGAUCGACGACUCGUACCUGGUGGAGGCGGGCGACCGGCAGAAGCGCUGGCAGUGCCGCAUGUGCGAGAAGUCCUACACGUCCAAGUACAACCUGGUGACGCACAUCCUGGGCCACAACGGCAUCAAGCCGCACUCCUGCCCGCACUGCAGCAAGCUCUUCAAGCAGCCCAGCCACCUGCAGACGCACCUGCUCACGCACCAGGGCACGCGGCCCCACAAGUGCCAGGUGUGCCACAAGGCCUUCACGCAGACCAGCCACCUCAAGCGCCACAUGCUGCUGCACUCCGAGGUCAAGCCCUACAGCUGCCACUUCUGCGGCCGCGGCUUCGCCUACCCCAGCGAGCUCAAGGCCCACGAGGUCAAGCACGAGAGCGGCCGCUGCCACGUGUGCGUCGAGUGCGGCCUGGACUUCUCCACGCUGACGCAGCUCAAGCGCCACCUGGCCUCCCACCAGGGCCCCACCCUCUACCAGUGCCUCGAGUGCGACAAGUCCUUCCACUACCGCAGCCAGCUGCAGAACCACAUGCUCAAGCACCAGAACGUGCGGCCCUUCGUGUGCACCGAGUGUGGCAUGGAGUUCAGCCAGGUCCACCACCUCAAGCAGCACUCGCUCACCCACAAGGGUGUGAAGGAGUUCAAGUGCGAGGUGUGUGGCCGGGAGUUCACGCUGCAGGCGAACAUGAAGCGGCACAUGCUGAUCCACACCAGCGUCCGGCCCUACCAGUGCCACAUCUGCUUCAAGACCUUCGUGCAGAAGCAGACCCUCAAGACCCACAUGAUUGUACACUCGCCGGUGAAGCCAUUCAAAUGCAAGGUGUGCGGGAAGUCCUUCAACCGCAUGUACAACCUGCUGGGCCACAUGCACCUGCACGCGGGCAGCAAGCCCUUCAAGUGCCCCUACUGCUCCAGCAAGUUCAACCUCAAGGGCAACCUGAGCCGGCACAUGAAGGUCAAGCACGGGGUCAUGGACAUCGGCCUGGACAGCCAAGACCCCAUGAUGGAGCUGACGGGCACGGACCCCUCGGAGCUGGACGGCCAGCAGGAGAUGGAGGACUUCGAGGAGAAUGCCUACGCGUACGCGGGCGUGGACGGCAGCGCGGAGGCCAGCGUCCUCACCGAGCAGGCCAUGAAGGAGAUGGCCUACUACAACGUGCUAUAGCAAAGCUGGGCCGCCCGGCACCGGGGGAGGGGGGCCUGGGCCUGGGGGUGAGACCCGCGGGCUGCGGGCUGCGCUCCUGCAGCGGAGAAUCGAGCUACUGCCCCACUGCCCGGAGCCCUCCCCCGACACGGAGUCGUUUGCACCACCAGGGACUUGUAGACCAAAUGGACUGUACCACUGGCCUCAGCCGUGAACCUGGGCCUGCUGCCGUGGGAGGGUCGGGGAAAGGGACAGGUCACAGGGCACAGGUUCUCAGGGGUCCCCAAGGCCCAGCCGCGCUGGGGCAGCCAGGGGUGCGCACAGGGCCGAGCUGAUGGCCCCGCAGGGGUCCUGACACUGGAAUAGGGAUCGCUUGAGCCAGGCCUGGUUCCCCCCUGCCUGCCUCCAGGGAUGUCGGGGCUCCCAGCUGGCCAGCACUGCCCGCCCGUACCCACGAGCCCACGGGCUGGGAACAGCCCAGGCCCAGAGCCGUCU